CUAGGUCCAAGUACACUCCUGACUCUAGUCCACAUCAUGGAGUACACUCUGAAGUUGUUACUGUGUUCCACCAGACUAGGUCCAAGUACACUCCUGACUCUAGUCCACAUCAUGGAGUACACUCUGAAGUUGUUACUGUGUUCCACCAGACUAGGUCCAAGUACACUCCUGACUCUAGUCCACAUCAUGGAGUACACUCUGAAGUUGUUACUGUGUUCCACCAGACUAGGUCCAACAACACUCCUGACUCUAGUCCACAUCAUGGAGUACACUCUGAAGUUGUUACUGUGUUCCACCAGACUAGGUCCAAGUACACUCCUGACUCUAGUCCACAUCAUGGAGUACACUCUGAAGUUGUUACUGUGUUCCACCAGACUAGGUCCAACAACACUCCUGACUCUAGUCCACAUCAUGGAGUACACUCUGAAGUUGUUACUGUGUUCCACCAGACUAGGUCCAACAACACUCCUGACUCUAGUCCACAUCAUGGAGUACACUCUGAAGUUGUUACUGUGUUCCACCAGACUAGGUCCAACAACACUCCUGACUCUAGUCCACAUCAUGGAGUACACUCUGAAGUUGUUACUGUGUUCCACCAGACUAGGUCCAACAACACUCCUGACUCUAGUCCACAUCAUGGAGUACACUCUGAAGUUGUUACUGUGUUCCACCAGACUAGGUCCAAGAACACUCCUGACUCUAGUCCACAUCAUGGAGUACACUCUGAAGUUGUUACUGUGUUCCACCAGACUAGGUCCAACAACACUCCUGACUCUAGUCCCCAUCAUGGAGUACACUCUGAAGUUGUUACUGUGUUCCACCAGACUAGGUCCAACAACACUCCUGACUCUAGUCCCCAUCAUGGAGUACACUCUGAAGUUGUUACUGUGUUCCACCAGACUAGGUCCAAGAACACUCCUGACUCUAGUCCCCAUCAUGGAGUACACUCUGAAGUUGUUACUGUGUUCCACCAGACUAGGUCCAAGUACACUCCUGACUCUAGUCCGCAUCAUGGAGUACACUCUGAAGUAGUUACUGUGUUCCACCAGACUAGGUCCAAGUACACUCCUGACUCUAGUCCACAUCAUGGAGUACACUCUGAAGUAGUUACUGUGUUCCACCAGACUAGGUCCAAGGACACUCCUGACUCUAGUCCGCAUCAUGGAGUAAACUCUGAAGUAGUUACUGUGUCUACCAGACUAGGUCCAAGUACACUCCUGACUCUAGUCCCCAUCAUGGAGUACACUCUGAAGUUGUUACUGUGUUCCACCAGACUAGGUCCAAGAACACUCCUGACUCUAGUCCACAUCAUGGAGUACACUCUGAAGUUGUUACUGUGUUCCACCAGACUAGGUCCAAGAACAUUCCUGACUCUAGUCCACAUCAUGGACCAAGACUGAUGUUAGUAUUGAAAGAAGGACCUGGAGAGGACUAAGUCAGUAUUGUAGCCCCUCCCCCACAGAACAAAGUACUUCCAUGCAGGUCUUGCUUACUGUGUAGGCUACUAGCUUACUGUGUAGGCUACUAGUUUACUGUGUAGGCAACUAGCUUACUGUGUAGGCAACUAGCUUACUAUGUAGGCUACUAGCUUACUAUGUAGGCUACUAGUUUACUGUGUAGGCUACUAGUUUACUGUGUAUGCUACUAGCUUACUGUGUAGGCUACUAGUUUACUGUGUAGGCUACUAGCUUACUGUGUAGGCUACUAGCUUACUGUGUAGGCUACUAGUUUACUGU